AUGAGACCACGAGCUCCAGCAGUCAAGGUACGGCCCAGAGUUCAGUUUCAGAAGCGACGUAAAAUGGCGACUACAUCCCAGACGUUCCCUAUCCGGUCCGCGCCUGAUAGUCCCGAAGUCGCCAGCGCGCCGGCCCUCUCGAUCCCGGGCCUCUUCACCUCGCAACCCAUUCUCCGGGACCCACUUGAGACAUCCACUUCCAGGAUCCAGGACGAGACCGUCAAGGAGUGCCUGCCGUACCUUCGAGGCAACUCCACACGCCUCGACUAUAACCGGCAUGGCGUUCCGACCUUGACCCGCGAGAAGCACAAGAACUUCUUAAAAAACCUGCGCAAACUCCCCGCGCCCUACAUCGCUGCCGAUGCAAGCCGCCCAUGGAUGUUGCUGUGGAACCUCGCUGGUCUCGCUCUCCUCGACGAGGACAUCUCCGCGUACGGCCCCGUCUUGGUUGAUACGGCCCAUACGAUGCAGAAUAAGAGCGGAGGCUUUGGCGGCGGGCACGGCCAAACCUCGCAUCUGGCGACAACGUUUGCUUGUGUGCUCGCUUUGUCCUGUUGCGGAACUCAAGAAGCAUAUGACGUUAUUGACAGGAGAUCAAUGUGGAAAUGGCUCUGCUCGUUAAAACAGCCCAAUGGUGGAUUUCAGAUCACAUAUGGUGGCGAGGUUGAUGUCCGGGGCGCAUACUGCGCCGCGGUGAUCAUCACCUUGCUCAACAUCCCCAUCGGCCUCUCUCCUGACUCCCCAGCAUGGACUCCCGAGAGGCCGACACUAUUCACGGGUCUAGCGGAAUAUGUACGUCGCUGGUGCCUAUCCAUCCUCGAUGCACCGCAUCGCAUCAUUCCAAAACCUUCCGACUCGUACCACACCUACUACGUUCUUGCGGGCCUCAGCUCCGCCCAACAUAAUUGGCAGCUCAAAGAAGAUCCGUCCGUCCUUGAUAGCGCCACGGGUCAACCAUCUUUGAGCUGGACCGUGUCACCAACCGUCCCUGGAGAGCAGAUCUUUGACGAGAAGGACCGCCUUCUUGCCACCCAUCCUAUCUACACUGUACCUCAACAAAAGGUCGAUGCCAUCAUGGAGUACUUUGCAAGCAAGCCUGGCUUCUAG